AAGAAAAAAAAUUCUUAGCAUGUCUUUGAGUUCAUGGGGAUUUUUUUAUCAGAGUUCUUGUUUUCGCUGUUUCCUGCGUUGCAAACCGUGUUGCUUUUUGGUCUUGAAACAUAAUUUGCACCUCGUAGACAAACAGACCUGCAUAUACCAGGUUUUUAUUCCAGAACUGGGUCAGCACCAGCAGUCAUCUGGUGGUAUGGGGGUGGCGGCGACGAGGCACAAAGUGGGAGUACCAUACCAGAAAUAACUAACACUAACAGAAUGAGUUAGUUAAAGCAUCCAUCCAUACUCUCCCUCUCUUCAGCCGCCAAAACAACACAAACGAUUGAUAUACCUUUCAUUCCUUCUCUUCCCUCCUCUCCAAGAAAAAACUUGAAUUCCCUGAAGAAAAUGCCUCCUCUAAAAGCACUUGCCAUCUUGGUCAUCUUUUUUGGCAUAGCCUCGAUCAUGUUGCAGCACAGGUAUUGGUUACCACUCUCUUCCAAGGGAAAAUCAACUCUAUACGCACUUCAACAGUCUACCGUUGGCGUCCAUCGCUCUGAAGAGUUUUUCUUGCUGAAUUAUGAGGCAAUGGAGAAGGAUUUAAAGGUCUUUGUUUACCCAGGUGGAAACCCAAAAACGUGUUAUCACUCAAUAGAUAAGAAGCUCAAGAGCAAUUAUGCAAGUGAGCAUUAUUUCUUCAUGAAUCUGAGAAACAGUUCUUUUUUGACUGAGAAUCCUGAUGAGGCUCAUCUCUUCUUUAUUCCCCUUUCUUGUCAACCAAUAGAAGACCAGGAUGCUUUACCUCGUUAUAAGGAGCUGGUUAUCCAGAACUAUGUCCGCGCCUUAACUAUCAAAUACCGUUACUGGAAUAGGACUUUAGGCGCUGAUCACUUUUUUGUCAGUUGCCAUGGCAUUGGCAACAGGGCUACUGCAGCUUUCCCAUUUCUCCUGAAGAACGCAAUUAGACUUGUGUGUUCACCAAGCUAUGAUUCCAACUAUAUUCCACAUAAGGAUGUUUCCCUCCCACAGAUACUGGAGCUCUCUCUUCCUCCUGAAGGAGAUGGCAUGUGGAACGACUCAACUAUGAAGUCUCUCCCUAUCCAGCUAUCCCCAGAGGAGACUCACCCUCCCAGGACUAAACUUUGUUUCUGGGCUGGUUAUCCCAGCACUGAAGUAAGAAAGAAUCUUCGAGUUCAUUAUAAAGGUUUAGAAGAAUUUGAGAUCCAUUUCGUCGAGAAUGCUAAAAGGGCGUUUGUGCUAGAUAAAUUUCAAAAGGAGAUAUGUAGGAGUAAGUUUUGCAUCUGUCCUCGUGGGAAGACUCAAGUCGGUGGUGUUUGCUUAGCAGAGUCGAUGGCUUUUGGAUGUGUACCUGUUAUCAUGUCCGACUACUAUGACUUGCCAUUCAAUGACAUCCUUGACUGGAAUGCAUUCUCUGUAAUUCUCAAAGAGGAUGACGUUCCCAUAAUGGGGGAGAUUCUCAAAGGCAUACCAGAAGACACGUUCGAGAAUAUGCGUCAAAAUGUUCUCAAGGUUAGCAAGUACUUCAAGUGGCAUUUUCGUCCUGUCAAGUAUGACGAGUUUCACAUGGUAAUGUAUGAGCUAUGGAAGCGCCGCCAGGUCAUUAGGUACUGAUGAACCACAAGAAGAUGGUCCUAAACAACAUCCCCCCCUGAUUGCCUUGCUGGUUUCUGAAGCUAAAUGCUCAUGGCGUUGCAUGAUGUACUUAAUACUUUUACUGAAGGAUAUAUCUGGCAUCGAAAUCAUGGAUUCUUUACAAUACCAGAAAGAUUACAAAUAUAUCUGUGUGCAUAUGAGUUGUAUGAAUUUAGUUGGUAUGUUUUUCUCAGCGA